AUGCCCACUUAUAUCGACAUCCCAUCAGCUCCCAAGCGCCUUGCUUACGUUCUGUCGACUCCGGGCAAAAGAGUCGCUACUGAGAUUGACCCGGCCUUCCCUACCGUGUUCCUCUGUCAUCCGCCAACUGCCUGUGGCUACUACUACUAUUAUGCUCUGCUGGAGGACCCCUCUUUGAAUGAGCACUACAAUCUUCUCACCAUUGACAUCCCCGGACACGGUGCCUCUCGCAUGAAGGAGCCUUUGGAGGGGGAGAUCACUUGGGCGCGGAUAGCCAUGCUCUUCCAUGAGGCCUUGCAAGCUUUUGGUGUCAAGAAAGCCCAUAUUGUCGGAAGUGACAUGGGUGGACAGGCCGCCUUGUCCAUGGCUCUAGCUCAUCCUGAGAUGGUUGAAAGUUUGAUCAUGCUCAGGCCGAAUGGCCGACCUGAGCCAGAAAUUGUUGCUAGGGGGUUUGUAGAAUGGUUUGCCGUGAGUCCAGAACUCAUUGAGACGAGAGACUUGGAUCUGAUCGAUAUCUUGGUUUCUAUCCUUCUGGAGUUCGUCACCGGGCAGAUGACAAAUUGGAUCCUGAGGGACAUAUGUGAGGGUCUGGGAGAUCUGUGCAAAGCCAAAUUCUUGCGGGGGGAGUAUGAGGCAUUCCACAGCGUAUUCUUUCCACUCUUGGUAAAUUCAGUGGUGCCCUCCGCUGAAGACCUGACCAAGAUGGACUUUCCUACCCUCGUCAUCGAGGAUGUCGUCCACAUGGAAGGAGACGAAGAUGGUCAAGAUCUUAUCCCAGAGAACAAAGUAUGGGCCGAUAUCAUUGACAAGCUCAAUGGCCUCGCCGCCUCACGUGGAAAACGUCCACUCGCAGCUCGACAUGCUCUGGUCGGAGAGGGCCUCAACAAAUACGGCGCCGUCUCUCGUUGGACCGCUCUUACCCACCCUGGACUCGUCACACCCAUGAUCAAAGACUUUGUCGAAAACACCACUACCUCUUCCCUGUUUAGCAACACUGAGAGUACCCUUGGCCGCUGUCAACCCCGCGAGCCCAAAUAUCCUCCCGACUUUGGCAACCUUCUGGAUAUUCUACAAGAGUCUUCGGUAGCAUCAAGCAGUCAGGCGGAGACCAAGACGUGGGCGGAUCUGGUCAGUGAGAUGCAGCAGGGUGAGGCGUCGGCGGUACAAGUGGAAGUCGAGGAAUAG